CGCUUGCCUCGUGUCGCUGAUAAAUAAAGAAAUGAGGUUAGCAACAAGUCGAUUUAGUUGUCACUUUAGAAGUUUCCAAAUUUCAAUACAAAUAUGUUUAAAACAUAUACUGUGCGCUCAAAUCUCUCAUCAGGCCAAUCCAGCGCCAAUCCUGCCACAACGGACACUUCCAGCUGCUUCUCGCUUUUUCGUGCAGAGGGCGGCGCUAUUUCCGUCACAUCUCCUGGCCCUAGCGCCGUACCGAAUGCGAAUCCGAAUCCCAGCGGCAUUGGCGCAGCUCGUUCCCGCUACUAUGAGUCGGAGUUUGACAGCAACGAUGACUAUGUGAAUGAUUCAACGGACAGCAGUGAUUGGAGCACAACUGAAUCGGAGGAACAUGAAAACAACCCGGCGUAUCCCAAGGCAGUUGCUUUUAUAAUCAGCAAUGAGUUCUGCGAGCGCUUCAACUACUAUGGCAUGCGUGCAAUCCUGGUGCUCUAUCUGACACACAAGCUGGGCUACGAUGAGGAAACCUCGACCGUGCUGUUUCACAUAUUUACAAUGCUGGUGUACAUAUUUCCGCUGCUGGGCGCUUUGGUGGCCGACGGAUUUCUGGGCAAAUACAAGACGAUAUUGUAUCUAUCGAUGGUCUACUGCAUGGGCGCCAUGGUCGUUGCCUUUGCCGCUGUGCCCAUGGAGGGCAUGCCAGUGAAACAAGUGACCAUAGCUGGACUGCUGCUCAUUGCUGUCGGCACGGGCGGCAUUAAGCCGUGCGUUUCGGCCUUUGGCGGCGAUCAGUUUCAGCUGCCGGAGCAGGCUGCCGAUCUGGCCAAGUUCUUUUCGCUCUUCUAUUUCGCCAUCAAUGCGGGCUCGAUGCUCUCGACCACAGUCACGCCCAUACUGCGCGCCGAUGUGCACUGCUUUGGCGACGAGGAUUGCUACUCGCUGGCCUUUGGCAUACCCGCCAUACUGAUGAUUGUCUCCAUACUGAUAUUUGUGGCGGGCAAGCGACGCUACAAGUGCUUUCCACCGGCUGGCAACAUCAUCUUUGGUGUCUCGCAGUGCGUGACAAGCGCCUACAAGGGCUGGUGCGAGAAUCGCAAGGAGAGGCCGAUGAAUAGCUUUCUGGACUAUGCCACGCCCGCGGUGGGGCCCAAGCUCGUGUACGAGACCAAGUGUCUGUCCAAGAUUUUGCUGCUCUAUGUGCCCUUUCCGCUCUUCUGGGCGCUAUCCGAUCAGCAGGGCUCGCGCUGGACCUUCCAGGCCACGCACAUGAACGGCGACAUCUGGGGCGGAUUCCAGAUCAAGCCCGAUCAAAUGCAGGUCAUCAAUCCAUUGCUUAUACUCGCCUUCAUACCGCUCUUCGACUACCUGCUGUAUCCGCUGCUGGCGCGCAUUGGCAUCUAUCGGCCGCUGCAGAAGCUCUCGCUGGGCUUGCUGCUCGCCGCCGUGGGCUUCUUUCUCUCCGCUGCCGUGGAGCUGCAAUUGGAGCAGCUGGGACCCGAGGCAGCGCCCGCAUCGCCGGAAAUCGCUCAUCUGCGUCUUUACAACGGCAUGCCCUGUCGCUAUGAGUUCAACAGCGAUCUUGGCUCCGCCGCUGGCGGUCUGCCCUAUGCCCACAGCAUCGAGCCACUGGGCAUGUGGUCCAAUCUGCAGCUGCAUGUCACCCAGCCCACGCAGUUCAGCUUCAAGGCUCAACCGGCCAGCACACGCUGCCCCCAAAUCGAGGGCACGCUGCGUCUGCAGCCGGGCAAGGCUGUUAGCUAUUUCCUAGCACGCGGCGAGCUUGCCGAGUUCGAGGACGGAUUGAGCAGCGCGCCCAGGCUCAAUAGGCCGCCCAUGCUGCGCAUGCUGCUCAACACACCCGCGGGCGAGGGUCCGCUGCAGCUCAAAGCGCCCGUCGCGGCAAAUGUCGCUCUCAGCGAACGCAACCUCACCCAGUUGCAUCAGGUUAACUUUGGCUAUGGCGAGCUGGACAUCAAUGGCAAGCGGGCGGCCAGUUUUGAAACCAAGACCGGUGGACUCUACAGUUUGCUGGUGCAGGGCAAUGCACUCGAUGGUUAUAAAUACAACAUGCUGGAGGUGGUCGCACCCACAUCGUUGUCCAUACUUUGGCAACUGCCACAGAUUGUGGUGAUGACUGCCGCCGAGAUAAUGUUCUCGGUAACUGGACUGGAGUUCUCGUUCACCCAAGCGCCGGCGAGCAUGAAGUCCGCCGUGCAGGCUGCCUGGCUGCUAUCGGUGGCGUUUGGAAAUCUGCUGACAGUCGUCAUAGCGGAGCUCAAGUUUGUGGGCUCGCAGUCGUCGGAGUUUGCGCUCUUCGCCACGCUGAUGCUGGUGGACUUGGUGAUAUUUCUGUGCCUGGCACGCAACUACAAGUACAAGCGUACGGAGGCGGCCAAGGAGGAAAAGAAAAAGCCGGAGCCGGAGUCAGCGACAGCCAAGGUGGACUUUGGCAGCGAGAUAAUUGAUCGGGAUGCGGAUGUCAUUGUCGAUGAGAGCAAGAGUGCGGAUCCAGACCAAGCGGGAACGAACCAGACGACUGCUAACGGUGGUGGGGCGACUGCUACAGCUGUCGCCGUUAGCAGCAAAGCCGGCGGCCAAAGCUUGGUGGGCCUGAGCCUGGUCAACGAACAAGGCUGCUAUCGCAAUAGAGCCUACGAGGAUUAACUAACAGAUCAGUAUAUCGCUCAGUUUUAUUUAAUUUAAAUGU